AAGUGUCCGGACUGGAAGGGGGUGAAAGUGUCCGGACUGGAAGGGGGUGAAAGUGUCCGGACUGGAAGGGGGGUGAAAGUGUCCGGACUGGAAGGGGGUGAAAGUGUCCGGACUGGAAGGGGGGGAAAGUGUCCGGACUGGAAGGGGGGGAAAGUGUCCGGACUGGAAGGGGGGGAAAGUGUCCGGACUGGAAAGGGGGGAAAGUGUCCGGACUGGAAGGGGGGGAGAAAGUGUCCGGACUGGAAGGGGGGAAAGUGUCCGGACUGGAAGGGGGGGAAAGUGUCCGGACUGGAAGGGGGGGAAAGUGUCCGGACUGGAAGGGGGGGAAAGUGUCCGGACUGGAAGGGGUGAAAGUGUCCGGACUGGAAGGGGGUGAAAGUGUCCGGACUGGAAGGGGGUGAAAGUGUCCGGACUGGAAGGGGGGGAAAGUGUCCGGAC